GAACGUGAGAGAGGAAAAAAGUGAGCGAGAGAGUUGGCAAGUGUGCAGUGGUGUCCUGUGCUCCAGGACUCAGCCUCAGUGCUGUGCCUGCAGCAGAGACUCUACAUUUCUCCUCUUCCUCUCCAUGCUCGUCUUUCCCCUCUCUGCUUCGUUUUUUUCUUCUUCUUCCCCUUCCUCUGUAAUCUCUGCUUUGCAGUCAUCAGUACGGAUCGCUCUGUCCUCUGCUCCACUUUUCACUUUCUGUCUUUUGGCCUUCUAAUCCCUCUUUUCGUCUCCUGGCGGAUGGAGUGAGAGGGUCUUUUAACACGUGCACUCUCUCCUGUCCUGUCCUGUCCUCCUCCCUGCAUCACGUCCCAUGGGCAUCCAUGCAUCUUGCAGAUCAGAGCCUCAUGGUCGUGGAGGCGGUUGUCAGCAGGGUCAGGCAGACUCUCCCCUCCCAGAGCAGGAUGAGGAGAUCCUGGGCUCUGAUGACGAUGAGCAGGAGGAUCCCAAUGACUACUGCAGGGGUGGAUAUCACCAUGUGAAGAUCGGAGAUCUGUUCAAUGAGAGAUACCAUGUGAUUCGUAAGCUGGGCUGGGGGCACUUCUCCACUGUGUGGCUGGCCUGGGACAUCCAGGAGAAGCGCUUUGUGGCCAUGAAGGUUGUAAAAAGUGCUGAACAUUACACAGAGACAGCUCUGGAUGAGAUCAAGCUGCUUAAAUCUGUGAGGAACACAGAUCCCAGUGACCCCAACAGGGAAAAAGUGGUGCAGCUUCUAGACGACUUCAAAGUUUCUGGGAUGAAUGGCACUCAUGUGUGUAUGGUAUUUGAGGUGCUGGGAUAUCACCUACUCAAGUGGAUCAUCAAGUCAAAUUAUCAAGGCCUGCCCUUACCCUGCGUUAAAAGUAUCAUAAGACAGGUUCUGCAGGGCUUAGACUACCUCCACACCAAGUGUAGGAUCAUCCACACAGACAUCAAACCAGAGAACAUUCUGUUGACUGUCAAUGAGCCCUACAUCAGGAAAAUGGCUGCUGAAGCUACACAGUGGCAGAAGACAGGCACUGCCCCUCCCUCAGGUUCUGCAGUGAGUACAGCCCCCCCACCCAAACCAAUGGCCAAACUGUCAAAGAACAAAAAGAAGAAGAUGAAGAAGAAGCAAAAGAAGCAGGCAGAGCUGCUGGAGAAGAGGAUACAGGAGAUGGAGGGGGGAGCAGCACAAGAAGGAGGGGAAGAGGAGGAUGAGGAAGAGACAACGACAACAGAAACCACAGAGGACACAACUUCCUCAGCCACCCUCUCCGUGUCUGCCACCUUGCAAGACAUCUCCAACCAUACCAUCACAGACUCAACAUCAGAUGAGCAGUCCCAGCAGACACCGGAGGUAAAUAAACGAAGAGAGGCCAAGGAAGAGAACAGGAUGGAAGUGAACUGCAAUGGCCACGUAUCCACGCCGGAGAGUGAGGCAAGCCCGGAGAGCCAGGUACAUGAGACCAAGCUGUCGCCAGUGGAGCAGGAGGACCAAAAAAACGCAAACCAACUGGAAAACAACACGGAGACCCUUGACACAUUAGGCAACAAAGAAGAGCAUCAGACCUGUAAGGGUUCCCCCGAGGACACCGACCUGCAGCUACCCCGCUCCCUCAGCCCAAACUCUGUCAAAGUAGAGUUAGAGGAGGGAGACAAGGGAGAGAUGGACGCUCAAGGGCAGACAAAAACAGGGGAUGUGGAAGACGGCCAGAAUGAUGCAUCAGGCAGUAUGUUAAUAAACCCUCUGGAGCCUCUCAAUGCUGACAAGCUGCAGGUUAAAAUUGCUGACCUGGGCAACGCCUGCUGGGUGCAUAAACAUUUCACAGAUGACAUCCAGACACGGCAGUACCGCUCUCUUGAGGUUCUGUUAGGAGCCGGCUACAGCACACCAGCAGACAUCUGGAGUACGGCUUGCAUGGCCUUUGAGCUUGCUACAGGAGAUUAUCUGUUCGAGCCCCACUCUGGAGAAGACUACUCCAGAGAUGAAGAUCACAUAGCGCUGAUCAUCGAGUUGCUAGGUAAAGUUCCUCGGAAGCUGAUAUUGGCAGGCAAAUACUCCAAGGAAUUUUUCACCAAGAAAGGUGACCUGCGUCACAUCACCAAGCUGAAGCCGUGGGCUCUGCUUGACGUGUUGGUAGAAAAGUACGAGUGGUCCAAAGAGGAGGCCCGCUCCUUCAGCAGCUUCCUCUUGCCCAUGCUGGACCUGGUGCCUGAAAGGAGGGCUACAGCGGCCCAGUGCCUCAAUCAUCCAUGGGUCAUAUCCUAGAGGUCACUCGUGCACACCCCUUCCUUCAUAUUGUGAAAAGAUAUAGAUUUAGUUUGAAGAGCCUGGGCUUGAAAAUAUACAGUAAAUGAGAUAUAGUCAUGUCUGCAAGAGCCUGUGCCCGCAUCACAUCUGCAUCCUCUUGUCAGGGCUCUCAUGGGCUACCUCCACACACAUGCAAGCAUCCAAAUAAUAAAAGGAAAGGCUGCUGCUGAAUCUUUGUUCUGUUGGAUUACAAGGGUUAUAGAAGGAACUUAAGGUCUUUUUUUAACUGGCUACAUAAAACUUAUUGACCUUGCCGUCUCAUUUUUUUGUCUUUUCUCUGCAGGGUGUUCUUCUCUGUAUCUUUAGCUAUAGAUAAUAAGCUGUAGGGGUGAAAAGGAAAUUACGCUUCUCUGGGAAUGAGGAGAAUACGAUAUUUAAACUGAAACAUAGGGAUUGUCAUCAUUAGAUCGCUGAUUAGCCAAAUCAGUCUUUGUUCACCAGCCAUCGUGUUAGCCAUGCCAACUUUUAUGCCGUUGGCUGUCAAAUGUGUUCAAAUUGCUCAGUAUUAAUAACUGUAUAAUGCUAACAGGCAUGAAGAGCAGCUAGCAUGUGGUUGGCACUGUAAAGUUAGCUUUAUCCUGUUUAAAAAACAAAACACACUUUUGUACAUUUAUAUACAAAUGGCACUACAGGAUUAGGAAGCAUACAUUUUGUACAUGUCAACAUUGUGCACCAAGUUUGUGGAAGGACCCGUCCAAAAUCACUUUUAUUUUUCCCUCAGGAGAACCAAACUGUGUACAUUGUUUUUGCUUCAGGUAUUAUUUUAUCUCCCGGAUUCUUUCAUGUUGUCUUGAAUGAAACACCUGUUACAUUAUAUUGUGAACAGAAUUCAGGUUCUUUCUCUGCUUCAGACACAAGUUGGAAGAAGAAGACUUAGCACCUGCCCGUUCAGAAUGGUUUCAUAUGUUCCCCCACACUACCAGUCAAACUAUACGUGUAUCCAUGUCCUAUGUGUACAGUACAGUGUACCAAAGAGAUGGCCUUUCAUUCCUCCCUCUCUAGCCAUGGCUUUGCGCACGGUUUCUAGAAGAUACUGUCAUCAGUGUAGACUGACGUACAUGAGAUAUUGGGUCUGAACAGUUUUACACUUUUGGAUGUAAAAAUGAAUGAUUGUACUUAAAGGAAAUGCUGUAAUGAUGCUUUGUAUUCCUCAUUAGUUUGCUCAUUUUUUAAAAACAAAAUUUGGCUGUGGCUCCUCUGUUUCUCCUGUAGGUAAUAAGAAUAAACAUUUU